AUGUCUUUAUGUCAGAAUAUGUGCCUUCCACAAGGGGAGGAUAUGACGGCGGAGGAUGCCGACAGCAUGGUGGUUGCGUGGAUCAAGAAGCGAGCGGCAGAGCACAAGACUUUCGCCCUACGGGAGCAGUUCCUACUCUUGCACGACUUGCCUGCCUACAUGACCUUCCGGACAGCGCUGCGCACGGGAGAUUUCAUGCUGUGGCUUGGCGCACUUCGCCGUAUCGCUCCCAUUUUCUACAUCAGCGGUAAGGACCGAUACCAAUACCUGAAGGUGAUGGCCGAGCUAUUUUCCGUCUCCCUCAGCAAGGAUGCUUGUGCCCGGCUUGGUUUGGAUGAGAGGCAGGAGGUUGCUAAUCGUGUGUACAAGACCUUGACGAAGAGGAUACUUCCGAGUUUCAUCCACAAGCUAGCCCCGACUGCGGUGCUUCGAGAGAUAGCUGAAUUCGAGUUUGGGCGGGAAUUCCUCGAAGGACCACUCCAAUGCUUGCGAGCCAGCCCGUCAUUCGAGGGCGACAUAGGCAAGGGGAAGGUCGUGGCCUUGGACGGGAGGGUGUUUCCAGAGGGAAAGUGGCAAGAUAUUCUCGGUGCCCCGGCAACGGCGUCAGAGAAGAUGCGAGAGUUUAUCCUGUACUUCGUCAAGAAGGACAAGACGAAGAAGGGAGCGACCAAAAAUAAGAUCUUCUCCAUCCCGGCUUUAAUCACAGAGAACAAGUCGACGAGGAGCAAGGGAAGGUCGUCAAAGCUGAAGGAUACAGUUGGCAACGCCUGCGCGGGGGGGCAAGAGAUGAAGGCGGUGGUCCUGAACAUCUGGGACAUGGUCGAAGGGGGGGGGUCGUUGUCCGAGGAACAAGUGGUGGGCAUGGUGACGAGGGUUGGAGCAUCGACGCCAUUUAGCAUGGCAAAUGCUACCGGAGGGGCUAAACAUGCCAACAAAUCCGCAGGCCCGACGAAGUGGCUCCAAGAUCACAGCUCCGACGCCGUCGCCGACGAGCCGUUUUUCACCGUGCAUGCCCACGGAGUGGGUCUGCCUGUGUCAAUACACCAAGGGGUGAGGCAACGGGACUUGGAGGGUGGGGCAGAGGGGGGUAUCAACUACUACGUGAGCGAGUUGGAUUCGAGGUGGCAGAUGGGAACGGAUCUGCUCCUGUCAUGGCUUCGUGACAACCAGAAGGCAGCGCGAGAUGGUAUCGCCGCGCACCUCGCCACGGACAUACUCGACGACAAGAGGUGGACUGGAGACUGCACUCCCAACGGAGUCGUGGCGUUUUACGUUGUCGGAGGUGAGGCUGGUUUGAGAACAUCUGAUGUCGCUCACCCCGCGGUCAGCUCCGGGGGGGGCAUACAGGGGGGACCGGCCACUUCACCAGAGAUACUGGCGCCGGUCGGCAGCGUCGAAAACAGCACCGUGCGCUCUGGCGGGGACGGGACCGAGGAGGGUGGAGUGCCAACGGUUGCGGAAGAGGACCCUCUUCUUCACUACCGAAGGGGCGCGGACCGUUCGGUACAACGAGAACGUGGCCCCAACAUCGGCGAGGCCGAGCUGUCUCUCGUCCACUUCAUCGUGUGGGCCAAAAAGUACUGCGGACGGAAUUUCGAAAACUGGCUGGUUACUUCGGUGGACACGGACCAAUGGAUGAUCAUUUUGCUGGCGAUGAGUACGGGGUUCCUGAAGGCCAGUGGAGAGGGGGCAGUUGAAGUGACUGUGCACGAGGUUGUGGGUGGUGACCCGAAGUACACAUGGGUAAACAGGGUGUUCGCCGUCAUCAGCGGCCUCAGGGACGGCAACGAAUCUGCGUGGCCCACGACGGACUCCGGUUUCCAGGGUUGGAUUCCCGACGACGACGAGAAGGUACGCCUUUUUGUCCUUGUGUACCUGCUUGCUGGUUGCGACUUCCUGCCUGCCACAACGGGUCUACCUUUCGGAAACAUGUGGGCUCUUGCUCUGAAGAGCGUGCGGACGGAGGGUGUGUUUCGGACGUCUAUCUUCGUGCGUGAGGGUGGUGUAUGGGGCGUCAAGAUCGACGAGUGCAUCAGUUGUUGGCGACCAUAUUCUAUAGUUAGUAUGAAGCUGUCUUCGCUCGUGGUGGACAGGAGCCCGGCUGGAUUCCCCGUAUGGUCGACGGCGAUGUCGCACAUUGCGUCGACGUCAUCCGGUUGCUUAUCCUCAGGGGUGGUUCAAUGA